ACUGAUCCUUCCUAAUAGCCUGUGAUCCCCAAAGGCAGAUCCAGGAGUAGAGCUGGAGUGAUUGCACAAUCGCAGAUGGGGAGGAAGAGGUGGCAAGUGUGUGGGAUUGUCUCUGCCAGACAGUCUCCAAGGCAAGCAGUGUGGCAUGCAGUUUGAGACAACUCAGCUUGAGCCCUCCAUAUGUCUGGCUAGGGAUGGAGCAGUCUGACCCUGCAGAGAAAAUGGUCUGGUAUUCCAGCCAGACCUGGAGCCUGCCAACUCCCUUUCUGGGGGCAAUUUCAGCUCCACAUACUGUUCUUCCUUCCCUCAUCUUCCUGAUGGUAUGGGGAAGGGUCAUCAACUCUCUGCUACCCCCUGCCUUCCUACUGGGCUGGAAGAGCCUAGGGCUGUUUUCUAGCUGCCUGCUGCUUUCCCGUGGCAUGAUCAGUGUACAGAUGCAGGGACCGGACAAGGUAGGGUAUGACUCCCAGCCUGGGGGCUACAGUGCUGCAAACCAUUCUCAGCAGUUGCAUCUCAUUGCCUUCUGUUCUAGAAAUGGCUGUAUCCCAGUGACAGGGAAAGACCCUUGUAUAAAAUAGAGCUUUGCAUUUAGUUGCUAGUUGCUUGGGAAUUAUUGUAGUUUAGGAGAAAACAUGGAAAAGGAACCCUAUAACUGAUGGUUAAGGCAAUGUCUGAGAUUUGGUGUAGCAGAGGCUUGGAUGAAAAUGCCAGUGCAGGGAAUUAUGAUUCAUGCACAGGGUCUGUCUCAGGGAGUGGACCCUGCAAGCUCAUUGGCACUAGACACUGCUGCUUCUCUAUCAAGUUUGAUAUGUGAGAUGGGUGUGUUCCAUGUGGUUCUGAAAUCCUCCUCUAAUAAAUACAUUUCCUCCCCAGUCUUCAAGCUGUUGGGUGUUCCUUGUUUUUGGGAGGUGCUUUAAAUCUGACUGCCAGAGCUGUGGGCUGCUAAGAGCAGAAGCUGGCUGCAUAAUGCUGAGCACAGGUCUUCCUCCUGUUUUCCUGUUGCUCACUGCACUGGAGCUAAGCUGGUCCCUGACUGAUGAAGAAAAGAGGAUAAUCUUGGAUGGGCAUAAUAAAUACCGCUCCCAGGUCUCUCCUCCUGCUAUGGAUAUGCUGAAGAUGAGUUGGGACACAGAGCUGGAGGCCUUUGCCCAAGCCUAUGCGGAGAAAUGCAUCUGGGACCACAACAAGGAGAGGGGCCGACGGGGAGAAAACCUCUUUGCUAUGGCUCCAACACUGGAUCUGGAAUUUGCUGUGGAGGACUGGAACGGGGAAGAGAAAUACUAUAACCUGACGACUUCCGUGUGUGUCCCUGGGCAGAUGUGUGGUCACUACACCCAGGUGGUCUGGGCAAGCACACAUCGUAUUGGCUGUGGGGCAAAGUUUUGUGAGAAGAUUGAUGGAAUUGAAACAGAGGACAUGUACCUGCUUGUUUGCAACUAUUAUCCUCCGGGUAAUGUUAAAGGCCGAAAGCCAUACAAAGAAGGACCCUCUUGCUCACAGUGUCCCAAGGGCAGAGUGUGUGUCAAGUCCUUGUGUGAAUCCACUGUAGAAGAGACCACUCCAACCUCUGUGACAACAAAGAAAAGCCCAUCCACUACACCCACACCAGAACCUACUACAACAUCACCCACCAUGGCCACAGAGAAGCCAGAACUCACAACCAUAGCCCCAACCCAGACACAAGUACCCACCGCAUCCAUAGCAAAGCCAAAACCUACUGUGCCAGAACCCACCAUAGCUACAGGCAAGCCAAAGCUCAUCACACUAACAACUGCCAUGCCAAAACCUAACACAGCCACUAUGGCCAAGCCAGCAUCCACCACGCCAAAACCUACAACCUCUACAGCCAAACCAGCACCCACCACGCCAAAACCCUCCACCACUACCGUUAAGCCAUCACCCACCGUGCCACAACCCACCACAACCACCACUACAGCCAAGUCAGCACCCACCACGCCAAAACCCACCACAAACACCACUACAGCUAAGCCAGCACCCACCACCACACCACAACUCACCACAACCACCAUUAUGGCUAAGCCAGCACCAACCAUGCCACAACCCACCACAACUGCCACUAUGGCCAAGGCAGCACCCACCACAUCAAAACCCACAAUGACUACAGCCAAGACAGCACCCACCACACCAAGGCCCACCACCACUAUGGCUAAGCCAGCAGCCACCACACCAAAACCCACCACAAACAUCACUAUGGUUAAGCCAGCACCCAACACCAUGCUACAACCUAUCACAACCACCACUGUGGCUAAGCCAGCACCAACCAUGCCACAACCCACCACAACUACCACAAUGACCAAGAGAGCACCCACCAUGUCAAAACCAACAACCACUACAGCCAAGUCAGCACCCAUGACACCAAAACCCACUACAACAUCUACAGCUAAGCCAGUACCCACCAUGCCAGAACCCACCACAAUCACCACUGUGGCUAAGCCAUCACCAACCACGCCACAACCCACCACAACUACCACUAUGGCCAAGUCAGCACCUACCAUGCCAAAACUAACCACCGCUAUGGCCAAGCCAGCACCCACCCCAACUAUGGCCAAGACAAAACCUUCUACAGCCAAGCCAGCAACCAUCUCACCAACAUUUACCACCAUUUUAUCCAAGCCAACACACACUUAUACAACAUCAACAAAGCCAAAUCUUGCCACCUCAACAGCAAAGAUGCUAACAAAACCUACCACAACCACAAAGCCAGAACGCACUGAAACAGGAAGACCCAAUCCAACUGAGGCAACUGGGCUCACACUUUCCUUUGAGCCCACAUUAGAUGUGGACUAUAAAAUAUUUCCAGAUGUAGAGUUAAACACUGGAGAGCCCAUUAGCUUAACUACAGAGGAUCCUGCGUUAUUAGAAAGUAUUGGCACAGCCUUCAGCCCCAAAUCAGUCCCAGAAAUAAAUAAAGGUGUGAAAGAGGAUGGGGGAGAGAAAUCAUCCUUCUUUUCCAGUCCACCUCCAUCCUUCAGCAAAAUUAUUCCAGAGAUCAAGUUAGGUUUCAAUAAAACUGAGCGUAUAACCUCCUCAAAGUCAGUGGUCUUCAGUCCUGAAGAACCCACCUUCUUGCGUUUAACAUCAUCUUCCAAAGAAAAGGGUCAGAGCCCUGCUUUCCAGUCCUCCCUCUCAGCAGAUGCUCUAGCCAUUGAAGAAUGGGAGACAAACUCAGACCAGAAAAGCAUGGAUCAGCCCACAGCUGGAGCCCCCAGUAACUGCUGGGGCCUUUCACUCUUCCUACCCAGUUUCAUCUUGAUGGGCCUUCUGCUUUGAACAGUCUUUCUCAGCUGUCCCUGCACCAGUCACCAAGCCUUUCUUCAGCAUUGGUUGUCCCACAACCCUGGUAGACUUGGGAGACACUGUGGACAGUUCUGGUUGACACACUCUCUUCUUGCACUGACUGGCUAACCCACUCCAGCUCUGCUGUGCCAAGGGCAACUGUCCAUCUCAUGGGUACUCAGUCCCCUUCUGAGGAGGCCCAAGGGCAGGAGGGUGUCUGCCAUAAUGCUGGUGAACUUGGACACCAAUGCUUCUCCUUUCUUCCCAGAAAGCCUGGGCUUCUGGUCUGUUUCCAAACAGGAAAUGAUAAGGUGUCUCAUCCCCCUGUGCAGCUGGCAGGUCCUGCCGCACUGUGUCUCCAGGGAAAGCAGAAUGCCUUGGAAACCAGAAUGGCAAUGAGACAUGUUGUUGGCUUUGGUGUCUGUCUGUAGACAACACAUGGUUAAUGGGUUUGGUGUCUGCCUACCAGAAAGAGUUUCUAACAAAAAUGUUCUUUUCUCCUCUCAAUGUGCCUGUUUGUCUCAAUUUUGGACAUAUCACCUUUUCCUUCUUCCAAAAGAGUGUUUUUUUUGUUUUGUUUUGUUUGUUUGUUUGUUUGUUUUUCCUUGCAGAAGAGGGUUUAUAAUUCCUUCCUGCUUCUGGUAUAGCUAUGGCCAGUACCUAUAUGUACUCCUUUCUCCUUCUCACAUCUGCAACCUUUGCUUUCUUCCUCACUUCAUGUACCCAUUCCACAGUUAAUCCAUUGGCAUGCCUUUAUUUUACGCAUGUGCCUGCACAGAAGAAAAACUUUCAGCUCUAGAGAGGAGUUAGUGGCUUCUUCAUACAGCUUUCUUCUGCAUGGCUUCCUUCUUUGCAUAACUUAAGCGUACGAUGUAUUUGAAAUCAGAUACAGAUCCUAGCUAACAUGUAUCUUGUGGGUGGUGGAACCUGGUCCAGAAGAAAAAAAAAUAAUCAGGUGUGCUGGUACAAUUUCAGCUUGAGAGAGCCAACAUUAGAGGUUACUGAUGGUUCCAGGCCUUGUUGCAGGAUGAUAUUCAUUCUCUGGAACACUGUGGCUUUAUCCCUCCAUGUUUCUGCUCCGUUCACCUGAAGAUUCCCAGUAAGGUGGGUUAAGUAAGUGACAAGUUUUGCAGACCAGCAAAAGGUACUAGAAGAUCUGGUCCCUUCUCUGGUUAUUGCAUCCUUUGGUUUGUUAAAUAGGUGAGGUGGAGAAAGACCUUAAGUCCAAUAUUUGUCUGUUCCCCCAGGAUGCUGUGUCCUGUGCAUCCCCAGAGCAUGCACUGAAUAAAUCUUGUUCUGAAAGUCU